AUGGGAGAAAUUGUCAACAACUUUGGAGGCUUCUACAGAGAGCUCACCAGUGACAGGCAACUCUGCUGGUUAUGCAGAUAGGCCUUGAGAGAGGGCUGGACUAGAUUCAAAGUAAAGGUGGGUGCAGAUCUGCAAGAUAAUAUUUUCAGAUUCAGAUUUAUAUGAGAAAUGAUUAGCCCAGACAAAAUAAUGAUGCUGGAUGCAAACCAACAAUGGGAAAUAAAGGCAAUAGAGUGGAUCACUAAACCAGUCGAGUUUAAACCCUCAUGGAUUAAGGAGCCAGCUUUUCCAGAUGAGGAUAUGUAUGUCCAGAUGGGAUAUGCCACCAUUUCAAAGGCCUUAGCACCACUAGGAAUUUGUGUGGCAACCAGAGGACACUGCCACAACAGAGUGAUAUUUAAACAGCUCCUUCUACAAGCUAAGGUCUUGAGUUACCUCCAAAUGGACAGCUGCAGGCUGGGAAGUGUGAAUGAAAAUUUGUCUGUGCUGCUGAUGGCCAAAAUGUUCCAGAGUAAGGCUCUGCAAAAUGCAGCAAUGAGAAACCUCUGUGAAUUAGUCCAGCACUUGAUAAUAUUUGAUUAUGUCCCAGUACCUGAAAGUCUUGAAAGCAGGUUGUACAAAAUACUCCAGUAG